AUGACCUGGAAAAAUAGCUCAGUGUUGAUGGAGUUUGUGUUCCUGGCUUAUCCCUCCUGCCCAGAGCUACGUAUCCUGUCCUUCCUUGGGGUCAGCCUGGUUUAUGCAUUUAUCACCACUGGGAACAUCCUCAUUGUGUUGUCCAUCCAGACAGAAGCCCGUUUGCACAGGCCCAUGUACUAUUUCCUGGGCAGCCUCUCAGGGGUAGAAAUAUGCUACACUGCUGUGGUGGUGCCCCACAUCCUGGCCAACACCCUACAGUCAGAGAAGACCACUACCCUCCUGGGCUGUGCCACUCAGAUGGUUUUCUUCAUUGGACUUGGCAGUGCUGAUUGCUUCCUCUUGGCGGUCAUGGCCUAUGACCGAUAUGUUGCCAUUUGCCACCCCUUACGGUACCCUCUCGUCAUGACUCUGACUCUUUGUGUCCGCUUGGUUGUGGCCUCUGUGGUCAUCGGCUUGUUCCUAUCCCUACAGCUGGUGGUCUUCAUCUUCUCUCUGCCAUUUUGCCGGGCUCGGGGUAUCGAGCACUUCUUUUGUGAUGUGCCACCAGUCAUGCAUCUUGUUUGUGCCAACAGCCACAUCCACGAGCAGUCAGUGAUGCUGGCAGCCACGCUAGCCAUUGCUGUCCCUUUCUUCCUCAUUGCCACCUCCUAUGCCUUUAUUGUGGCUGCUAUGCUCAAGAUCCACUCAGCAGCUGGCCGCCACCGGGCCUUCUCCACCUGUUCCUCCCACCUCACUGUGGUGCUGCUGCAGUAUGGCUGUUGUGCCUUCAUGUACCUGCGCCCCAACUCCAGCUACUACCCCAAGCAAGAUCAGUUCAUCUCACUGGUGUACACAAUGGGAACCCCACUGCUCAACCCACUCAUCUACACCCUGAGGAACAGUGAGAUGAAAGGGGCCAUAGGGAGGGUUCUUACCAGGCAUUACCAUUCCCAGAAAAGCUAG